AUGCCUGAUCUUCCAUACGAGUUAUGGCUACAUGUCCUCCGAUACGUCCCUAAAGACCGCCACUUUAACCUACGCCGCGUCAACAGAACCAUCUACAACAUCAUCUUGGACGAGCGCUAUCGAGAAGGCCGCAUCCAUUACCUCGCGGAGAGAAAAACUCAAAAGUUGUUAAAAGCACUCCAAUUCUCUCACCAAAUCGUCGUGGACCGCGUUCGAUCCCUGUACCUCCGGCCACAUUCACUUCCCAUCGACGAUCCGCAGGCCCACCUCCUCCUUCAGAGCCUCAAAGAGUUCACAAACCUGACCUCGUUGGACCUGUACUGUUGCCACUCCGAUGAAUACACCAAAUUCAUCGAAAAGUCCAUCUACAUCGUCCCAGCUCUUAAGGUCUACUCAUCAAGACUACAAUCCCUGCAGCUCCAAAUUCCAUUGGAAGCGUACAAAGGCCUCCAGCUAUCGACAAUUCACUUCUCCAAUCUGCGAGAGCUCCACAUACACGUCUUUACCCCUAUCCGUGCAGAAGGGAAGACAGUCUCCGCGUCCGAAGCAGGUAUACUCUGCGACUUCGUCAACCUCCAAAAGGACACAAUCGAGGAAUUGAAGCUGUCGAACUUGUCCUCGCUCGACGAAGACGCCGAUGAGUCCCUUUCGUUGUUAACAAUCAUCUUUGAGAACCCCGCACACCUCCCACGACUAUCAACUUUCGAGCUCUCCGCCUUCCUCACUGGAGAUUCAAGCGCUAAGUGUCUUCGGGCGGUGGAGCGCUUCCUCGUCCAGUACAAAACGCAACUGCAGAAGAUCUCCCUUUCUCUGGAGCCCUUCUCGGUUACCAAGGGCUUCAAGAGCUCAGACUGGGACCUCGUCCCCCGCAUCCUGUCAAUCCCAUUCUCGACAUUGACAACGCUUCACCUCGAUUUACUCGGCGGACCCAAGAUAUCCGCGCUCUCUUCCUGCGUCAGUCAGCACGCUUUGCAUGACUUCUCUUUGAAGGGCAAAUUCCUGAAUUUCUCGGAAGCGGAGAAACUGGUAGAGGCACUUCAAGGCGACGCCCUCAAGAGCCUCUCGAUCCUACCCCAGCGAUGUGGACCGGAUUUACUCCUCCUACUCAUGGCAAAGCUUCCCAACCUACACACACUGUAUCUCGGAUUCGACCUAUGGACUCAAGGAGGGCGAGACGAUGAUCCCUCCGUGGGUUCUGGGCCUCAUCAGACAGGAAGCCGAUCAACACCAUACUCCAAGUUGUUCUGCCUCGCAAUCCUCGAGUGCGGCCAUCUCUUUACCAAUUGGAAACUUCGUCACCUCCGAUACGACGUGUUCGGUCAUUCGGAUUGGAAUGGCAGGUGGUGCAAGAGUGCGCUUGCCAUUGUUCUCAGUGGGGUGGAGACUAUCAACGGAGAGGACAGACAGAGUCUUAUUGAGGAUCCAGAAUAUCUCAAGAGCCGUUUACUACCGCUCGACUCUCAAGUUAACUAA